AUGCGGAAUGCGGAAUGCGCUUUUGUUUGGCACUAUGUGCCAACUGCCUCUGAGGAUGCCUUGGAGAAGAGGAAACAGGAAGAUGUGAUCAUGGCGGAGAAUAUUAUAACACGAGGAAAAAGUGAGAGAGUCAGGAAGCUGGCGUCUACACAGCUAGGUGAUUACGAAGAAAACAGCACCGCUAGAAGGAUCAUCCUAAACAACCCCCCAGAGGAACCCAACCCGAAUUCACCAACUAAUACCAUCCCUAAGCCGAAUUCACCUAAGAUCAUCCUUAAACCGAAGAAAGCACCUGAACCAAAGAAAGCACUUGGUGGGAAAGCAACCGGUGGGAAAGGACCUCUAGGGUAUAAUCCAUUUGAUGCACCUCUGGAGGAAAGGAAGUAA